CUACAUAGAAUAAACACAAUUAAUUCCACUAAUUAAUUAAAUUCUAGCUACUGUAUAGCGGCUAUAUUUCCAUGUACUGAGCGAUAAUACGACAACGUGCUUUACCAGUGUUUAAGUUAAGUACGUUUAAGUGAAAAGAGUGGGAGUGUCUGAUUUCGAUGAUGGAGUAUAAAGCUACGUGGAUGCGAUCGGCGAAUCGUAGUCGUUCUUACCAUUUGUGCCGGACAUCACUUCACAGAGAAGCUGAUAACAGAAUGGCAUCGUCUUUCCGAAGAAAGAGAGUUUCCAUCAUUUCGCUCUCGGAGAGGAUGAAGAUCCCACCUAAUAGACCGAAAGCAUGGUACGGAUGCAGACACACGCAAGUAUUGCUCAUGUGCUUGUGCUUUCUCUGCUGCUACGGGAUCAGGGUGACCAUGUCGGUGGCCAUAGAGGCAAUGACCCAGGCGGCCACUGCCAAUCCGAAUUUCGAUGAGCUUUCCCCGAAGAAAUACGACUGGUCCGAGUCGGAGAAGCGGUUGGUCCUCAGCUCUUUCUUUUGGGGCUACAUCUGCACGCAAAUACCCAGCAGUAUCGUCGCCCGGCAGUGGAGCGCCAAGAAGCUGUUCUCGUUGGCGCUGAUCGUUUGCGGCGUAGCGACGAUCGUUACCCCUUUGGCCGCCUAUUACGGCGGUUGGCAAGCGGUCUGCGCCACCAGGGUGAUCGCUGGUCUUGCCCAAGGCACCGUUCUACCGAUCAUGCACACUUUAUUGUCCAGAUGGGUGCCACCCGAGGAACGCGGCAGACUCGGGACGUUCGUCUAUUCCGGUGGCUGGAUCGGCAACGUAAUAUCCCUUCUGAGUUCCGGCUAUCUCUCGGCAUCGUCUGUCGGUUGGCCCAGCUGCUUUUACACCUGGGGCGGCAUUUGCAUUCUCUGCGCUAUUGUCCUCUAUCUGAUCGGCAAGGACUCGCCCUCCGAACAUCCUGGCAUACCUCUGGACGAGAAGGAAUACAUUGAGAUUAGUCUGGGAAUAACCGAGAUCAGUGAGAGACCAUCCACUCCAUGGAUAUCGAUACUGACAAGUCUCCCGGUGUGGGCGCUGUUAAUUACGCAGUGCACCCACACUUGGGGAUUCUGGAUGUUGCUGACCGAGAUUCCAUCCUACAUGACUUCGAUCAUGGGUUUCAACAUCAAAGACAAUGGCCUGGCAACUGCGCUGCCUUAUCUGACAGCGUGGAUCUUCAGCUUCCCGAUUAGCUAUGUGUCCGAUCUUUGUAUCAAGCGGAACAUCGUGACCACGCAGGCGUCCAGAAAGAUCUGCAACACGUUCAGCCAAUGGAUCCCGGCGUUCGCGCUGAUCGGGCUGGGCUAUGUGGACAAGGACCAGCCCGGCUUAGUCGAGGCGAUCCUGAUUAUCGCGGUCUCGACCAACAUCGCCUCCUACUGCGGUUACAAUGUUAAUCACAUGGACCUCAGUCCAAACUUCGCCGGUACGCUCAUGGGAUUCACGAACGCCGCCGCCAAUGUCUGCAGUCUCCUCGCACCCAUUGUCGCCGGGUGGAUCGCCCCGGACACGAAAGACGUUUUGCAAUGGCGCAACGUGUUCUUCUUGUCAGCCGGCUUAUAUCUAGUCGGCAAUCUAAUCUUCAUUUUAUUCGGCACGAGCAAAAUACAACCGUGGAACGACGCGAUCAAGAGUAGACGGGACAGUACUUUGGACAAUGUUUCGAAGGCACCGACAACCGUUGUGACGAUAGAAGAGCUAAAGAACAUUGAGAAAAUUCCAUGACGAUCGACGAAAGCACACAAACAAAUUUUGCGUGCGCGCGAUGUUGUUCUUUCUCUUCUUUUGUUCCCUAAGCUAUAGGUGUCGUGUUUAUUCCGCAUGUAUAUGUAUGCGAAAUGUUGUAUGCAUAAUUAUCACAUGGUAGCCUCUGAGAGG